AAAGCGGUUUGGGAUUCUCUGUAACGGCGUUUUCCCCUGGAUUCCCAAGAUUGAGAGAGGCGGUUUUGCGAGCGGUUUUGUAACGGUUUUGCGGUGGGAGCAAAUUGGUAACGGUUUUUUGGAUCCCGAUGGUUACACGAGGAGAGUGUGUGUGAAGUGGUGGAGUCGAAAAAGCGAGCUGGUUUAGUGAUUUAAGGCGGAUUAACGGCUUAUUAAAGAGCCAUUACUGGUGGUGUUAAUCAUGCUUAGUUAUUACAUGUAUACAUUGAGCUAAAUUUGCUGGGUCCGUUAAGUUUGAGAUUUGAGAGAGAGGCUCAAAGCUUGGAGAAUAACUUUUUGUAGCUUUGUUUUCGACAAGUUUACUUGAUGACGAAUCAAGCAGGGUCGUAUUCGCAGCCGGAAGGAGGAGAUGUUCUGUAUCCGGAGCUAUGGAAGGCCUGUGCGGGCCCACUCGUUGAAGUCCCUCGCCAUAAGGAGAGAGUCUACUACUUUCCACAAGGGCACAUGGAGCAAUUAGAGGCAUCAACAACAACAAAUCCGGAAGUGAAUCAGGGGAUUCCGAGGUUUAAUCUUCCCUCGAAGAUUCUCUGUCGCGUCAUGCACGUUCAGCUACUGGCUGAACAAGAAACAGAUGAGGUUUAUGCGCAAAUUACUUUAAUUCCUGAAGCAAAUCAAACCACCAAACCUACUAGUCCUGAUGAGUGUCCUUCUGAACCUGAAAGACCAAAGGUUUACCCAUUCUGCAAGGUUCUUACUGCAUCCGAUACGAGUACCCACGGUGGGUUUUCUGUUCUACGCAAACAUGCUACUGAAUGCCUUCCUCCACUGGACAAGACUCAAGCAACCCCAACUCAGGAAUUGGUUGCCAAAGAUCUUCAUGGUUAUGAGUGGCGAUUCAAGCACAUUUUCAGAGGUUCACCACGGAGACACUUGCUUACAACAGGAUGGAGUACUUUUGUUACUUCUAAGAGGUUAAGUGCCGGGGAUUCCUUUGUAUUUCUCAGAGGCGAAAACGGGGACUUACGUGUUGGAAUUAGGCGUCUUGCUCGUCAACAGAGCAGCAUGCCAUCAUCUGUGAUUUCAAGUCAAAGCAUGCAUGUAGGGGUGCUUGCUACUGCAUCACACGCUGUUGCAACCCAAACACUCUUUGUAGUGUAUUAUAAGCCAAGGACGAGUCAGUUCAUUAUUAGUUUGAAUAAGUAUUUGGAGGCUGUUAACAAUAAGUUCUCGGUUGGAAUGAGAUUCAAGAUGAGGUUUGAGGGGGAGGACGCUCCAGAGAGAAGGUUUUCAGGCACUAUAAUUGGUCUUGAGGAUAUAUCUCUUCAUUGGGCAGAUUCAGAAUGGCGAUCCCUGAAAGUUCAAUGGGAUGAGUCUGCAUCCAUUCCCAGACCUGACAGGGUCUCGCCCUGGGAGAUAGAACCUUAUGUGGCUUCCAUACCUGCGAGCCUUUCUCAAUCCACUGUUUUGAAGAACAAAAGGCCUCGGCUACUCCCUGAAAUCCCAGCUCCUGAUACCGCGAGUUCAAUAACGUGGCAUGAUGUGACACAAUUGAGUGGUGCUGCUGAAGGCCAGAGAAGUGAAAAUCAUGUUUCUUUGAAUCAUCAGCAGGCAGACAUUAUCAGCAUUAGCAGUUGUAUCUCGAGGACUAAGACUGAUGGGGGCUGGCUAUCUUCACCUACGGUGGAGGAUAGUAAAAGUGGUCCUGCUUGGCCACUUUUCUCUGGAUAUUCAACUCCAACUUCAUCAAAGCCUAAAAAUGACUUGAUGCUGGACCAUGUUGAAAAGAGGAAGAAAACUGAGACAGGUGCUAGUUGCCUAAUUUUCGGUGUAGAUUUUAGCAGUCAUCUUAACAGCUCCCAUUCAGUGGCGAAGCCACCCCCACAACCAAUUAUAGCAUCUACUGGAGCCACUGAAGGACAAGUUAGUAUCUCAGUGGAAGCCGAGUCUGACCAGAAAUCUGACCUUUCGAAGGCUUCUAAAGAAAGCAAAGCUCAGUUUCAAGUAUCACCGAAAGAGACACUGAGCAAGCAGAGUAGCUCUGCAUCCACUAGGAGUCGCGUCAAGGUUCAAAUGCAGGGAAUAGCUGUUGGUCGAGCAGUGGACUUGACAAUGCUGGAAGGGUAUGAUCAACUUAUAGUUGAACUGGAGGAGAUGUUUGAUAUCAAGGGACAGAUCGGCCCACGUAACAAGUGGGAAAUUGUGUUCACUGAUGAUGAAGGAGAUAUGAUGCUUGCCGGUGACGACCCGUGGUUGGAAUUCUGUAACAUGGUGAGAAGAAUCUUUAUAUGUUCAAGUCAGGACGUGAAGAAAAUUAGUGCAGGGAGAAAACGUCUAAGUAUGUCUUCACUAGAAGUUGAAGGGACAGUAACAAGUUCGGAUUAACAUCAGGUUGUUCUUGUUCUUCAUCUCUUUUGUUUGUUUUCUUUUUGGGGCAUGCUCUUUGUUAGUUUGUUUUCGGAGGAGACUCUUAAUUUUGGGCAAAAGAAGUUUGAAGUUGGAAGAAGUGGACACCGGCUAAUUAGUAGCUCGCUUAUUUAGGGCUAAGUAGAAGACAUUUGACUGGGAAACUGAAGAUGUAACACAUCAUCUGUUGGAUAGCGGGUAGGAUCAGAAUCUGUGAAUAUUUAAAGCUGUUUGUGGUGGGUGGCAGUUGGGUUGGGGGUGAAGUUGGACUCUUUUGUUCCAUGUUCUUGUAAAUAUUUGGUACUUUGGCAGUGUAAUCUUGGUCUUUAGUGAGUGGCAGUAUGUAUUAUCUUCUGUUCCUGUAUUAGUUUUAAGAAUGAUUUAUAAUAAUCAGUGCUAUUUGUUUUUUCCCAUGAAA